AUGCUGAGAGAUUUUAAAAUUCUCUUCUCCGCAGAGCAAAAGACCAAAGACGAAGCGAAGCCGAGCUUCCCUUCCAAUCUUUUCUUCUCGACAAAGCCCGUCCCGUUUGGGCAACCGGAGCUGCAUACGGUACGAAUCCCGCGAGGGCGGCACGGUAUCGCCCUUCACGCCUCGUUUUUCUCUCGUCUCACCCAUUUUCCAAACGAGAACGCGAGCCAUGACCCGUCUCAUGCGAAUUCCUUACUCGUACUGUACAGCAACGCACUAACCAGGCACACACAGCCAAGCCAAGCCGCCUCCCCGACCGUGUGCAGACGCCACAAAGAGCGAAAAUUCUCAGCUGCGGCAUCCCCCUGCAAACUCGGAGUUCUGGGCCCGCCCUCUGAUGCCAUCUCCGCCUCGCUGUGCAGACGAUACAGUUUAUCUCGUCCCUGGCCCGUUGAAGCCCAUCGUCGUGUCAACGCCAUGGUCAAAUCCUCUUCCGCGCUCUCCUCUCAACCGUGA